AUGGUAUUCGCCUCCAGUGGCUUGAAGAUUCCGUCGCUCGUGGCAUCCGUCACGGUCGCCAGGGAGAAAAACAUUACUUUCGCGCAUCAACUGGCUAGAACCGACGAAUUCAUACCUGGAUAUUAUGUCAGCGUCGUUUGCAAUAGCGCUUCAUUGGUUGACGGUCGACAUAGUAACCCAUUCCGUUAUCAAAUCGUUCCACUAGCUCAACAUUCCAGUACCGUAUUUUCUGCUAUGCUGGCAGUGAGUGCCGUGAAGCUGGCGGAAAAGGAUCCUAAAUUUCAUCGUAGAGCAUUAUUGCAUCGUCACCGGGUACUAACGGACGUUAAAGAUCUUCUAGCGAAUGUGCACACAGAUGCUGGUAAAUGCCUCGAGGCUCUCGUAGCGGUAGUCAUGCUAUGUUGGUACGAUAUAAGCGACAAUUGCAAAUCAACAUGGAUCAGCCAUCUUGUGGGCAUAUUCGGACUCUUAGAUGUUUGCCUCAAACAAGAUGUUCGUGACGCCAAUUACGAAGCGAUACUGCAAUUCGGCCAACAAUACUUAAUGUACCAUCUAGUGAUGGCCAAAAGCACCCUCCAUGUCGACGAUGUGAUACCACAGCAUAAACUUAUCUUGUCGAAGCUCCUAGGAAGUUCGGAAAUUAUAUCUAAGGAGCAGAACGAAGCAGAAUGUAUAAACGAAGGACAUCGUGACGUAGCGUCGCACGGUGCAUUAGUCGGUUAUGAAAAUAGGGAUCCCACAACACAGCUAGGAUUUCGUCUCGUAGGCCCUAGCUUUAACGACGAGCUGGAUAAGAUCGAUACCCACCAAGGAUUUAGCAAUCGCCUCCUCCUUAUUAUCAACGAUAUAUGCGACCUGCGCGAUGCUUCAAAAUCUGAUGAGUUAGAUCGUCAGCAUACCGAUCCGCAAGCAUUGGAACAAAGGGUAAUCGGGAUUCAAUCUAAGCUCGAAACCCUCGUACAAGUGCCGCCGAUGCAUCACCACCCAUCUUGGGUGACUGAUAUGGAUCAUGAUGCUCUGAAAGAAUCCAAAGAACUCGAAAGUAAACUGGAGAUGAUCGAGUUGACAGCGGAAUCGAAUAGGCUGGCAGCACUUCUUUUCCUAGACGAAACCUGCGCCACGCAUCUACCUCAUAUUAUUCCACAAUGUAGAAAGGCCCGCCCCUCCAUUAUCCAGGAUAUCUUUACCACAGCCCAAAAAAUCUGCGAGACAGGACCUAUCACUGCAGCUCUUCCUAUUUGGCCGGUAUUUGUGGCCGGAUGCAUGGCCUCUACUGACGACGACCGCCUGCAAGUGAUGCAGAUAUUUGACAAAUUUCAGAGUGGGAAGAAAUUCGGAAGUAUACCACCAGCACUCGAGGUCAUCAAAAUGGUCUGGCGCCAACGUGACCUUGGUUGUGAUGAGAACCCACGAAAGGUACUCAUUACAUCAUCUUGUGCUCCAAUCGCGGGUUUCGAUGGUAAGAACCGCAGUCCUGUAUCGCCUAGAAGUCGUGGGCAGCGAACACGAUACCCCUGGGAGCGUGCGAUCUCCAUGUUGGGGGGCUCGUCAUUGCUAAGCCUUACUUAA